AUGCAAGCAUCACCAUCCAAAGCGCGGGCCGACGCCCUCGAAGCGCACUCCUGGUCGCUAGUGCAGUCAUGGCUAUCAGAUCUAUACCACCCGUCACCGGCGCCUUAUGUCGAACGCAACGCGGCGACACUCAAAGCCUUGCAGAAUCUGAUGGCCGAGAACAUCGCGGCAGACCACGUCCGGGGGCUGGUAGCAGCAGCUCAGAAAGAAGAACUGGGGACCGCCGGACCGCGGCCGACUUUGGAUGGAGAGUCCCUCUCCCGUCUACUAGAAUCAUCACUUCCACCGCCAUCAAAGCAAGCUCUCGAGUCUCUCGCCAAAUCUGCCGUUCUGCUGGGCUGUCCCUUGCAGUCGGACUCGGAUCCCCCCAGUUCCAUUGAGGCUUUACAAUCCCGAAUCCUCAACCUUACACGGGAAAUGUUUGAUCUCGAGACCCAAAUCACAUCAAUCGACGAAUUAACAUCUACUCUGAACCGCCAGAUCUCACACAUCCAACAAGCCACUGCCAACUUCGUACGGGAGACAGUGCCCUCAUCUGACAACAACCACCUCUCUGCUUCCACUUCUUCACCACCAGAGUCCGCUUCUUUCCCUCUAACUUCAGCAUUACCGAUUCCCUUGCCGACGACGCCAACAACAACAGAAACCGCAGCAGCGGACCACUACGCACGGCUGCACGAACAAACGCUCCAACACCAGCGCGAAACUAAACAGCUAGCCAUCAAAUGCGCAGAGUACAAAGACCGCAUCGCCGCGCUAGAGCGACAGGCGGCGGCCCAGGAGUCACAAGGCGGCGGCAAGGAGUCCGACUUGGUGGCCGCUCUUUUGGCGAAAAAGGACUCGCUGCGGCGCAAGAGAGCCCUGAUCACCGUGUUGGAAUCUCGCAUUCGUGCCUUCCAUGGCCUGCCGCCUGACUUGGAGGCUUCAAGGGCCGAAGUCAACCGGGCACAGGCCGAGCUGGACGACCUCAAGCGGGAGAGAGAUGCUCGAUUCGAGCGACUGGGGGGAGCGCUGGAUACGAGUUGA